AUUCGUACCCCAGACCUGGGUGUAAAAAUCUUUAAACCUUAACCAAUAGGAUACGGUGCUUCCACUAGAAACCUUUAAAUCUUAACAUUUAUUAGUUUUUAUGAGUUUUUUUUUUCUGUAAUACACAAGAAAUUGAAGUGAAGAGAGAGAGUGUGUCAAAACGAACAAGUAUACGAGUACGACGUAAGUGGAGUGGUAAAGCGUGACAUAAGCCCUCUAAAAAAAGCGUUACAUGAGGUAUAAAUUGGAUCAUAACGUUUAAAACAUAUAUAAACAAUUUAUUCUUCUCAUCAUAUCCUCUGUUUCUCCUAAAGAAAAACAAACAAAGUAAAAGGAGAAAAAACAAUGAAAUUUCUGCUUUACCUAAUUACGUGCUUUCUCCUCUUAAACGUUUUAGCAACAGCAAAAUCUCUCAUUCAAGAUUCUUGCAAGAAAGCAGCAGCGAAAAACCGAAAGCUCAAACUCGAUUUCUGCCUCAAGUCUCUCGAAGGGUGUCGGCAGUGCAAAACCGCUAAAAAUCUCGGCGAACUAGUCAUGGCGACGAUGAAGAACGCUGAGACAAAAACGAAGAGAGUGCAUGCACAGAUGAAGAAGGAUUUUGACGCGAAGAAAUAUCCCAAGGACAAUGACAUGCUGGUAAUGGAGUGUCUCAGCGAUUAUUCAGGAACUGCUCAGAUAUUGGACAUAGCUAUGGAAACCUUUGAAGAUCAUGAUUACAAAGACCUUAUCUCUCGUAUGAAUCUUGGAAUGGAAAGCUUGGAUGCUUGCGAUGAAGGAUACAAAGAAAGAUCAACGCCUCAGAUAUCUCCGUUUAUAAAAAGCAACGAGUUUUUAACUCAUUUGAUUGAGAUUCCUAUAGCUUUUACAGAGAUGUUGAAAAGAAAAUAAUUAAUUAAGACAUGGAUUAAAGAUUA